ACCAAACAAGCGUGCUUCAUCGAUCCGACACACACUUGUUGGUGUAGUAGCAGACGAUAAGGCAUUAUCAAUAGCAGGAAAGAUAAACAGUUUUCAAUAAUGUUGGACACAUUCCACCCCUACGAAUCCAUCGAACCGUUCUCCAAAUCUAGCCUCUAGCAUGAUUUGAUAUUGGAAUCAUAUUCACCUCCUGUUGUUACAACAUAGGUAGAAGAAGAAGGCAGCCCAAACAACAUCACCAUCAUGUCCACGGUGCACAAGCUCAAGGCUUCCCUCGUGUUCACACUCGCCGUAUGCUUAGGGUCACUAUUCAUCGAACAGACUGCCUCUGAGAAUGCGAGGUGCCUUACAGAACACACAUGGAUCUCGGGUGACAAUGAGUAUAGGUAUGAAGCCCUAAAUGAAGAAAUGUGUGGCAGCAGUAGUACCUGUGGAAACAAAUACCCUAAGCCAGAGGGGCUUGAGGACAGACCCCCUCCUGUAGAAAAUAGAACUGUAGAAUUAUCCUUCUUCAGCAUCAUCUUGGAUCCUACCAAAAACUCCACCUGUCUUGGGAUCACCUAUACUCUGAACCGUUAUGGGGCAUCCAAGGUAAAAGGAGUACAGUUCUUGUUGCAUGGACUUGGCUAUAACAGCCACAACACUGAGUGUUGCCAGGUCCUGAACUACACAGUUCAACUGAGCUAUGAGGCUGUUGUCAGCAAUCCAGACUCAGGUGAACCUCGACCAUUUCAUUUUGACUGUUUUUGUGAUCUGUGGCCUUUGGAGCCUUACAAACUUACCAUUCGGACUCUGCCAGUAGACUUUGAUAACCAAACACUCCUUGAUCCAUCCAGCAUCGUCAGAGACUUCAAAGUACCAGGAUGUGAUUCACGCGAAUGGGAUCAGUACUGUCAGAAGUCCAGAGAAGAGCUAUGGAAGCCACAGUUAUUACUGCCUGAGCAGCUCUUCCCAGAGUACAACAAACUGAACGUAUCAUUCAAUAUUGCCCCUUCUGACUACCGCUUUGUGGAAUAUGUGAUCAGCGUUUAUAAAGUAGAUGUUCCAAGACCGUUGUACACUCAAGUUGCUCAUACUCCAUUGAACUCUGUGCCGGUGAUGGUCAAUGGAAUGAUGAUGGAUGUGACUAGUCUAAUCUUCACCUUGUCCGAAGAAGAUAUUGGAAAAUCCCUCCAUGUUUCAAUGUUUCCAAAGUGUGCUGAUGGCACACCAGACUGUAACACACCAACCUAUUCAGAUAAGACUAAUAUUGUUGAAAUCAUUGCUAAUCCAUGUGAUACAGAUCCCUGUGGGGAACUAGGAAGUUGUGAGCCCCUUGAGAGCCAGUACUUGUGUUUGUGUAAUGAGGAGGCCAUAUUGGAUGAGCAUCCUAUCUAUGAUGGUGAUACUUGUAUAGAGAAUCCCUGCAAUAGCAAUCCAUGUGGUUCCCUAGGGGCUUGUGACCUAGAUGGCGUUCAGUACUACUGCAACUGCACUUCAACAGCAAUAUAUAAUGGAAUAACCUGCAUAACUGACCCCUGCCAUUCCAAUCCCUGUGAUAAAUACAGCACAUGUCGGCAUAAUGAGGACUUUGAGCCAGAAUGUUACUGUACAGAGGGCAUCACAUGCAUUGUUGAUGAAUGCCAUGUUGAGGAGUUGGAACAUAGUAAUUGCAUCACCCUGGCAACCUGUGAAGAAUCAUCGUUGGACCUUUCAACAGGCUGGAAACAUCAUGACUGCAAAUGUCGAUAUGAGGUCAUCAAUGGGACCAAUGUUACGAAUGUCUGUCCAGAUGGAAGUUGUGAUGAAAGAACAUGCGAUGAGAACGUCAACUGCAACUACAUUGAUAUGCCAGGAGGCAUUCGAUACAACUGCUCCUGUGCUCCUGGAUAUACCUUUAAUACAGUUGGAAAAUGUGAAAAGGACCAGACGCCGUAUUUAUGGACGAUAGUUGUUGUGGCCGUAGUUCUUGUGGUUGUGGCAUUGGUAGUUGGCUUCAGGUUCAUCAUAAAGUCCAAACCACAAGAGACGUGUGGAAAGAAAAUCCCGUAUAGUGAUGACAUACGCACAUCAUCACCACCAGAACCAAAUCUUAAUAACCACCCGCAUGAUGAGUCACCAGAAGAUCCAAGACCCUAUGAGAGAGUCCCAGAUGCGCACCCGUGGGAAAGUGCCGAGUGUGCAGGCAACCAGCCUGACAAGAGGAUUCUCAUCAUCUCUACCGAAGAGACGGAAGAACAUCGUAAUGUUGUCUACAAGUUUGCUAUCUUCCUCAAGACCCAUGCGGGUUUACUUCCCAUAGUUCCCUCCCAGCACAUUAAUGAAAUCCACAAGCUAUCUCUUGAAACAUGGCUCAGUGAAGAAAACAGACAGGCAUUCAAGGUGCUCUUUAUUUGCUCCGAGGGGAUGCAGCGUCGAUGGGAGCAGGAGAGGAAAGCUGUCCCAAAUCUAGACAGCAGAAGUCCGGGAGAAAAUGCAUUUGGAGACCUCUUCAUACAGAUGAAACAUAUCACCAGUACAGAGAGACUUCAGUCAGGAAUGCUUCACAAGUUUGUAGUAGCAUAUUUUGGCGAUUAUUUCAGUAAAAGAAUGGUGAAUGAUAUAGAGCUCUUAAGAGGUAUGCCUCGCUUCAAUUUAAUGACAGAAAUUGAGCAGCUUUGCUUCCUUCUGAAUGGGAUAGAGCAGUAUACCCCAACUUCAAAUCGAAGGAUGCCGAAUGUCAGUAAGUAUGAGAGUGUGCCUGAAGGUCUGGCUUUGAAGGAAGCCAUUGGAAAGAUGACAGAGAGAUGUAGCGCAUCCUAUUGUGUACGGGCUAUUUCAAAUGACACUCCUACGUCAGAGGGGUCUGGUGUCAGCAAUCACUUUGAGCUGAACUCACAGGAUGGAGGAUUUGAUUUCCAGCUAAUCCCAGAGAAUGACCAACAGGCGAUGACCAGUGCUUUGGAUUUCUUUUCUCCUUUUGGGAGUGACGAUAGGAGUAGUAGCAGUAGGAGUAGUAGUGUGUUGCACCAGGUAGAUGUUCACCGUGAAAGCAGUGAUGAUGGGGAUUUCCCCCAAGCCGUCGCUGAGACACUCAACGAACCCCACUACUCGCUGGGUAAUCUAGACUCGGGCCUUAGCAGCCUUCCACUGUCACGCUUGUCCAGUCAAGAGGAUGCCCAUGUUACCAGCCUUGAUGAUUUUGUGGUUCAUGUACCAACCAAACAUGAAGAUAAUUCAUUAGACUCUGGCUUACAUAGUCAACCACAAUCUUGUACAUCUGGUGCCCAGGGGAUAUCGUUAGCAUGAGAUUAACUCCGAUCAGACUAUUAAUUGUCCAUAAAUGUUGUCCGUAAAUAUUAUGUUGAUAUGUUAAGACAACAUGCAUCAUAUGCUGUGUUUGUUUUUUCACAGUGACUUCUGUAGAUUAGAUUCACUUUUUGAAAAAUCUACUGAAAAUCUCGAUUAAGCAGUGUAUUCAAAACCUCAUCACCUUCACUUGAACUCUGUUCAAGUCUCCAAUUCAAUUUUGUAACCUUUUGUUGAUGUUAUUCAUUCUACUAAACAAGAAUAUGAAAUGACUCUCAGGAUAUUCCUGCCUAUUCCAUCUAAUCCUCAAUCUUAUGGCUCAUGUGAUAAAAACCUUUCAACUACCACUCAUGUUGUCAAUCGAAUGUGAGGGUUGGUAUUCAAAUCAGUACUGAAGUCGUAAAAUUUUUAAUGAGAUUUGAUUUUGAUAAAAAUAUUUGGUCCACUGUGGUAUUCAAUUCAUGAUUUCAGUGACAUAUUUUACCUUUGAUUUAAACCACCUUCUGUGGAGACUUAAUUCAAAUAUUUCAGAGUUAGAACAGGUAUAUAUUUAUUUUGUUCAUCUUGAACUCUGCAGAACUAUGAUCUAUUGCCUUAGGUGCGAUUAUGAAUUUUUGAAUGAAUUCAGCUUAAAUCUCUCCCCCUAAAAGCAAAUUUUUAGCUUAAGGAAAGAUCUUAGCUCAGCAAAAUAAUCAAUCCAAACAGAAUAUCAAAUUGUAUUCAAAACUGUAAUAGAUCACUCACAUAUCAACCUUAAAACUGGUAAAAUUCUAUAUAUGUAUUGUGAGAAAUAAUCUUCAAGGGGUAUUUUACAUGAUAUACCUAUGGGAAGUUUUCCCUUAAAACUUAUAUAUUCUUUCCCAAGAAAUAAUGAUAACUUUUAUCAUGCAUUAUUGUACUUUUUGUUUUUUGGUGCACCUAAAUAUUCAAAUUAUUGUCAUGAGUUAGAGAAUACUUGUGAUGAUGGUGUUCUAGUGGCUUUAACUCUGACAAAACAGCACAGAAGAAACUACGCAAUAUAAUAGCUGUACUGGGCUUAAGGUCCUGAGUAUGAUGUGAUAUGUUGAGAUAAGUGAGUGUUGACCAGUCCAUUUCAGCAGAUGAAUCAAGUUGAGUUGUAUGACGUAUAAUCAAGGCACCUAGAAUGUACUUUCUGCUCCUUGUAAGAGAUAUUAUAUCACUAUUCUCAUUCAAAAUAUGACCUCUCACAUUUGUAACGUUAUACAAUGUACUUUGAACAUGGCAACUCAUGAUAGCUGUUAAUGAAGGAAAUUGGUGUAGGUGUAAAUAUACUCAGAAAGAAUUUUAAGAUACAGGGUUUUGGCAUGUGAGGAGAUUGGUCUUUAUUUUCAUCGUACUCGGAGACACAGACCUUCAAACUUUAGAGAUAGUUUAGGGUUGGUGUAAUGGAGCCUACAAACUCUCAAAUAUGUACAUUGGUGAUUUGGUAUUUUGAGUUUGGUCUUAUAGAUUGAAUAUGAUGCACAGGUAGUUUAAAUGAGAAGUUAGAAAUAGCUCUUGAUGCUUUAAUAUUGACGUCAGGUCACUGAAGAGAGUGCCUUUGAUUUUGUGGAUGUUUAAAAGUCAACCUACCAAACACAGCACACCUCGUACAAAAUCAACUCAAACACACAAAUGCUUUAAACAGUGCCUUUAUUCUCUUUAUUUCAUUGUACAAACAUAUUUUAACAAAAAUUAUCAGGUUUACGGAAUGGCAUUUUUGUUAUGUCAUGACAUCCAAUAUACAAACAGGUAUGCCUGAACUACUGUACUUUUUAGAGAGAAGAUUAUAUCAGAAUGAUUUGAAAAUGAAAAUAUUCUGACUGGACUUCAAAUAUUUAGAACACUGCAACUCAAUCAAUGUGUGACUAUUACAUGUAUAUGAAUGAAAACAUAGUUUUUACAAAUUUAUUUGAAUUUUUGACAGUUUAUCAUUAGUUUAGAGAUACAAUCAUACAUGUAACUAAGUGCAAUUUUUAGUAAAUUGAGCCACCGUCCACUAGGAAGAUAUGGAGCUUCAUUCCAAUUUGAUUAUUUUCUUUCACAUCUGUGCCAGUCGUACGUUUUAUUUUAGAUUUAAAAGCCACCAAAUAGUUAACCAUCUUGCUUCGAAUUUAAUUAGUACAUUGUUGUAUAAAGCUAUAUAUGGGUGUGUAGUCUGGUGAAGGGGUAUAUGUAAAUGUAUAUUAUGUACUUUGAAAAGAUUUUUCAAUGCAUCUGUCAAUGAACUAACUGCAAACAAUGAAUGUUAUUCAAUGAAAUUUAUACAAAAUAAAAUAAAUACAAUAUAUUUCACGUAUGUAGAUGCUCAGUUAUAAAUUUGAUAAUAGAAUGAUUCUGUAUUUACAUGUAAUUGAAAUGUACAUUUAGAAUCAAUCGGAAGAAUAUAUGUAUUUUUUUCUCUCAAGGGGUUAUUGCUUGGUGUGUCUCCAUGUUAUCCAUUCUGCAGUCAUGAAAAUACACCGAGUAGAGGGCAUUUGUUAGACACAUGGCCAGUAUGUAGAUUUAGUAUUUUGUUUAGUUACAUGCAUCAUGCUUUUUAUAAAAGAAAUUUAAUGAAUAGAAUUUUCCUAUAAUUCUGUAUUAGAUAGUCAUUUUGGGUGUGAUACAUAUUGUGAAUUAGCAACAAUAAAAAUGGAAAAUGAGAUUUUUUUCUGUUUCUUAAAAUAAUGCAUGUAAGACCAAUCAAUUGAAAACUAAAUAUGUUGAUAUGAAUUUGCGACAUGUACAUAAGGUAAUGGAAAUGUACGGGAUAGAAAAAAUUGAACAUUUACUUGAAUUACUUAAUUAUUUGAUUAGUAAACUUUGUUGCUUCAUUCCCUGAUUUUAUGUGGUUUUUGUGUUUCAUCUACAUUCAUUUUAUAUUCUACUUACUGCAAAAAGAAUAUAUAUAUGUAUUAUAUUAUUGCAUUCCACAUUUGUGUUGAUGGAUUCCUUUGGUCUUUCCUUGGCAAAUUCCUUCAGAGUACAUUCCUAUAUUAUUAUUAUCACCUACUAUUUACAGAGGUUGUGGGUUGCUCCAUUUUGUUUUUCAUUGGUCUAUGUCAUUUUCAGGCGCUUACUGUCUGUGGGCAUUAGAUACAUAGCCAUUGACAAAUACUGUCAGUGUUGCACAAUUCGUACUUUCAGAAGACAAGUUUGUUAUUGUCUCUGUAAAAUGGUGCAAGGGGAAAAAACAUAGUGGCUGCUAUGAACAAACUUAUGUUUAAGAGAUUAUAACCUUUCAUGUUGAAGCAAUUCAUAGAUGACAAUGCUACACAAAUAAGUUGGUGAAUUAUCCUAUAGCUUGUAGAAAUAUAUUUCUAUCAAAUAUGAAAGCACCCAUGUUAGUUAAUUCGAUAACAUGGUAACCUAAUAUAUAUUUUUCCCCAUUCUACUUAUGUCCAAGGAAUUAUAUAAAUAUACUGCAUCAUUUGUGCAAAUGGAAUCUUAUUUUUCAUAUUUAAAUCAGAAAACAUUCAGACAGACAUGGCAUUAUGUGUCUGUAAGAAAUUGAAAUGUUGGUUCAUGGUUUAUCAUCUACUCCGUGAAGAAUUGUCAAAGUGUAAUACUGCAAUGUUUGGGGUUUUUUUCAUUGAAAGUACUAUUGAAUUAUGUGUGUGAUCAUUAUAGGGGGAUCUGUCGUCAUAUUCUGUCUGCAAAUUAGUGAUUGUGCUCGGUGUCCUUGCUAGUGAGCAUAUGAUCAAAUUAAUGUGCAAAUAUGAUGGUGGUCAAUGGUAGUUAACAAGCCCAUGUUAUGCAAAAGUUAAUACAGCACUGGGUGGUGAGAUUUCAAUCAUUGUUGGCUCUGGACAGCAAACAACACCAUAAGCUGUCCAUAUGAGUACGACCAUGGGCAUCAUAUUCUCGAGAAAUCACAUACAUUCACCCAGGCUUCCUCAGAUCAGUCUGAUCCAUCAUAUAAUGAUCGUUGCAAAUGUAAAGAAGCUUAGUUGAUUUGAAUUCUAUCGUUGAGUAAGCACAGAUAUAGAUUUGUAUGUAAAUGAUAUGGUGUGUAAUUUGAGUCCUAUAGUAUCAUCAAGUGACUCUUCAGUGAGAUGGUAACCUUUCUUUUCUUCCUGCAGGUGAAUACCAGUAGAAAUGAAUAAGUAUAAUCAUUAGAUCAUACUAUAUGGGAGCGUAGUAACAAAGUAGUCUAAUGAUUUCCCAAAGUGUAGUAGCCCUGCAGAAGAGCUGUCAUGCCUUUUUUUUUAUAUAUCUGCAGAAUUCCCCCCCCCCUCAAAUUUUUUUUAUAAUUUUAGGGUGAAAACCUACCAAUUUACACCAUCGUCCUGAUAGACUUGUGAAUGUGAAAGAUUUUCAUGAUUAUUGUUAGUUUCCUCUGUGCAAGUUUGUUUUAUAGCAGUUUGCAUUCUUGAAGUGUGUUUUAGUACCACCUCAUUUCACUAGAUCCCCACCUUCAUCUAUUUUUCACAUUGUGAUUAACAUCAUUGCAUUUAUUGACUCUAACAACUCAAAAGCUUGACUAAUGCUUGUUUUUCAAAUAAAAUUAGCCAAAUUAUGUAUACACUAUUGAUUCAUUAUAAAAAAAAAUGAAAAAUUGCCAUUUUGCAGAGAAUGUGAAUGGAACUUAGCUGGUCAGUGAAGAUUUGUAACAACAAUAUGCUACAUGUAUUUUCAUAUAUCUUUGUUUAAAAAGUAUGUUGACAACUCAUUGGACUUGCCAGACUGUGUGUGCCUAUGUUGGUGCACUCCAGUUAUUGCUAAAUAUGAUAAAGCUCUGACAACCAUUCCAAAGUCAAUGACAAUGAUUAAAUAUAUGUAGAAUUUUAUAUGAAUAUGACACAAUAUCUGAUUUAAUUAGAAAAUCUUAUUGGCUAAUAUGUGCUGUAUUGCUGGACACAUUUCAUUGAUCUAUUAGUCUUUGUAAGAUUUACUCGAUCGCUGGUAAUGAUGCAUUAGCGUGCAAAACGGUGUUUCACUUAGUAAGGUAGUCUUGGUAAGACUACUUUAUUUACAGAUUGCAGGUAGUUACUUUGAGAACAAUAAGUGCUUAACAUGAUAAUAAUAAUGAUAAUAGUAUCAUUGAUAAUAGCUGGAUUUAUAAAGCUUUUCUUUUUCGCCUGAGGAAACAAAGCUCUGAUAUUAUUACCCUGGCUUAUCUUUUUUUUUCAUGAAAUUUAGGUAAAUUUGUUCCCGAAAUUCAGAUUUCAGGUGGUACUUUAUGGAGAAAUGUUUGAUUACCGGCUGUAUACCAGCAAAAUAUCCUGUGGCUAACCUCUAAUGAUAGAUGCCAGUAGUGAAAUCUUGUAAAUUUGCACCAAAAGUUGAUUUAAAUGGUUUGUAAGUCUUUGUCAGAUUGCAUAAUUGUUUGGAAAAAAUAAGAGAAUGCUGGUGGUAUAUUAGGGUACAAGAGGUGCUUUACAUGGUCUCUUAUUCCUCCUGAAAUUUAAGUAAAUUUGUCCUCAAAGUUGAGAUUUCAGGUGGAGAUAUCUUUGAUAACCAGCUGUAUGCCAGCAAAAUAUUUGGUGCCUAACCUCUAAUAAUAUAUAUCAAUACUGAAAUCUUGUAAAUGGACUAUUGAACUGCAUGGGAGAGUUUUCCUUCUGCAUAGUGUAUAUGCAGCAUUUUCAUUGUUAACAGUUUUGAAUAGUGCUACAAAAUGACUUAAUUGCAGCUUAUCUACUAAAUCUGCUCACAGUGAGAUUAAGGGCUUUAUUACCCAUUAAAAACAGCUACCAAAUUGCCACAACACACUUUUUGAAAUAAAGCACUGUUCUUUUAUUUUUCAAACAAUAUUUGUAACUUCAUACCAUAUCUGAUUUGAAUACACUUUCAUUGUAGACCAGCUUAUUGUUCCUUUUUCCCUCCUGAAGGUAUAGUCCAAAUUGUUAUUUGUGUUGAAAACUGCACUUUACCUCUUGUUAGCUUGAACUGUUUAAAUGUGUUCUGCCAUUAUUCAUAUAUAUAAUAGUAUAAGUAUCCACCUAAUAAAGGAAAUUAGAUUGACUGGCUUUUAUUUUCUUUAAAAUUGUUGUUCCAUCCAACGGUUGCCCUAUGUUUUUAUUCCAUUUAAUGGUUUAAUAUGAAAUAAAGAUGAAUGUUAUUUCUUUUAAUCAAUUAUUUUGAUUUUUUUAAUCAAAUAUAUAUGUAAUUUAAAAGAGUACUUAUUGUAUUACAGAGCACAUGUAUCAUCAUGUUUAUAUAUAUAUCACCUGUUUAUAUCAUGUUCAGUGUUGCCUUAUUGAGUUAUGUAUCACAAGCUCAGUGUCAUGAAAUAUUGAUUAUGUGUAAAUGUACAAUCAUGGAUGCACAAAUAUUCACUAGUACUUUUUGUAAACUGUUAAAAAUAAGAAACAUAUUAUAUCAACAUUUCAAAUUUAUAUUAUACUGAAGUUUGUUGAAGCAGCCUCAUUUCUUUGUCCAUUAUGUAUGGGUUAAGUUCAUGAAUUAGUCAAAAUUUACCUUUAUUUUUUUAUAUUUUAUAGACCUUUUUUGUUCAUUUAAAGUAAAAACAUCUUUUAAAAUGGUGAUGACCUUAAAUAAACACUUGACCCAAUGAAUUUAUAAGCUCCUUGACCAUUGCCCCUUUUGAUAGUUUGAAAGCUGUUAUCUUCUUGCAGACACAGAUGUUUUCCCUAUAUCAUACUAUUGAGGUUGGAUUUUCAUUAACUUUUCCUUCAUGUGCAGCAAUUACUAUAUAUACUUCUAUAUCUAUUUGAUACAAUUCCAGCCAGCCUUAUUCCCAGUUAAUCCUAUAUUUUGCCUGUCACUUCAUGGUCAUUUGGUUAGAAACUCACUCAAGUAAUUUGGAGGGGCUUUGUAAAUGAACUGAUGUGGACAAAUAUUUUACCCAAUGAAUAUUUGACUUGAAUCAGUGCAUCAACUUUGAAGUAGGAGAAGUUAGAGGAGGGAGCACCAGUCUAUGCAUGUACCAGGAUAUUUCACAAAGUCAACCAAAAGGUCAAUGCUCUUUGGGUUUUCUUUGAGGGAUCGUAAUCAUCUGGAUUAAUGAUGAGGGAAAUGUUAGCUCCUAUACAGGUGCUCAAAAGGCCAGGGACCUAGGAAUGGGCUUUUGUUUUGGACAUAUGAGAUGAUCAUCAUGUUUUUAUCUUUUCAUUUGAUUAUUUUUAAUGUAGCUUUAUUAGGGAGCAUAAAAUUGUAUGUUUUUAAUGAAUCCAUCUUUUGAACAAAUAGUUUAAUUUCUUUCUUUUGCACCAUGAGAAAUGAAUGUAGAGAAAUUGAAGUCAGUACCAUUUUUAAAAGCUAGCCAUGAUUUAUCAUUUGAUAUGAGAUUACUCUUUGUUAUUUUAGUGCUAGUUAUUUUUAGGAGUGUCUAGUAACAAAAAUUAUUAUUCUCUUCAAGUUUAACAUUAAACUGGAUAGAACAAAUUUCCUCUUUAAGUUUUAAAUUGCAAAAUUUUAAAAUACUUUUUGUUUUGCUCCAGUAGGGAUAAUGUAUCAUUUUACUUUAAGUUUUAUUAGCUGCCCUUAAAAUGUUCAUUUAGCAAAUUGAUGAUUUCUAAUAAGUUGUUGUUUAUAAAGGAUAAUUAAUUCAUAACUACUAUUAUAAUCUGAUUAGAGAUAUUAAUCUUGCCUAUUUUUUAAUCACGUAAUCAAAUUACAUGCCAUAUUCCAGUGCCUAAAAUACAUGCUUUGAAUCUGAUAUGAUUGCGUGUUUUUUUUUUAUUAUUUGUAAGAAAAUUCAAAUUUUUAAUUGUAUUGUUUGAGUGUUGGCCCUUAGGUUGAUUGUAAUUCUACAUUCUUAGUAGUUAAAUUGUAUCUUGUUUAAAUAGAAAAUAUGUUCAGAAUUUUAGUUGAAAUAAAAAUAAAAAUCUUCUUAUCUUUGUAGAUUUAUUUGUGUGAAGACGAGACAUUGUCAUAUCUUGUUUGCAUAAUAUCUCAUUCCCAUUUGCCUGUCUGAUUCAUCAAUAGAGUUUAUUUUUUGUAUUUUAUUUUUUUACAGUUUUAUUCAAGGCUUUAAGAGGGUGUAUCAGAGGAAAUGUCAGUGUAAGAUAAUAAAUGGUUUCAUUCAUUGCGUUCAUCCCUCAUACAACUCUUCUGGUGCUUGCUUGCAAAUAAACACCUUCACAACUCAUGAUAAAACAUACUUAUAAUGAUUUUUUUAUUCUCCUUAUGGGAGAUACCAUAUGAAUUAUGAAAUGAAGGAGUUCAUUUCGUGGUGUAACGCUAAAAUGUAUUCAUUUUUAGACUAUUGAGGGGAAAUUAGAUUGUAUGAGUAAGAUAACUACGUUUUACUUUUUUACUUGUAUUUCCCCAUACUACCUUAGGUUGUUUGCCUGUUUAUUACCAUGAAUGAUUGAUAAAACAAUAUCUACAAUUACCAUUCUUAAGGUUUAGAGUUAUGUGGUUUCAGCCAUUUACAGAUACAUACUUUGUAGACUAAAAUUAAAUUGCUGCUCAAAAAAUUCAAUCUAUUCAUUCAAUCCUGCAAUUUCAGUAUAUAUAAUAAGUUAGAUUUGAUUUUGCAAUUUUAGUGUAAAUAAUGAAGAUUAUUGAAUUUGCGAUCCAGUUACCUCGAUGUGUAUUUUAUAUUGAUAUCACCUGCAGCUAUGAUUUAUUUUUGUAUAUCAUUUUGAAAAGGGUGCAAAUAUAUUAUGUACUGUGUGUUGUCUGGGUUUUUUUUCUGUUAUACAUUAAUGAAUGAUAAAUGAAUUGUGAUGUAAAUAUACCUUGUGAAUCAAAGGUGAUGUCAAACAUUAAAACUAAAUAUUUCUAAA